AGUUGUCGAGGACGUCUCUUCCUCUGACGCUGUCAGCGGGCGUAGCCCGCGCCCGUCCGGGCGUCCUCCGGCGACUGAAGACGGUGAUCGGUGUCGGUGUCGCGAGGGCGGCGGGGCCGCCAUGCCCCGGUAUUACGAGGACAAGGUGGAGGGCGGCGCGUGCGCGGGCGUGAAGGAGGACCUGGGCGCGUGUCUGCUGCAGUCGGCCUGUGUGCUUCAGGAAGGAAAAUCCCCACGGCAGUGUUUGAAGGAAGGAUACUGCAGAGCUUUACAGUAUUCAUUUUUUGAGUGUAAAAGAUCAAUGUUGGAUACCAGAUCAAGAUUCAGAGGAAGAAAAGGAUAUUGAUAACAUUAUAUUGAAAGCAAGAUGAAGAUCACCCCGGAUUUUCUCUGGUCCUUAGCAGAAAAGAGCCAACAUAGCAACAGUAGCUGCUGCAUCUGCUUGACAUCUGGACCAGGAUUUCUCUCCAGAGAACACUAGAGAAAAUGGAUAAGUGCUGUUUCUGAAUGACUCUGUCAUGUGAAGUCAGUUAUAGGAGAUGACUCUUCAGUCAGAUUACAAAGUGUGUGCACCUGGGAGGCCAUAAUGUGACUGGCACAAUUGGUACCUUAGGACCUGGAGCCAGGGCUCUUCCAACUCUGUUUCUUGGUUUCAGUUUAAUCCAGCCCUCUCUUCAUAAUGGGAUAAUGCCAACCUUAGUCCACAUCCUCAAGGUCUGUGUGGCCCAGAAAGGAGAGUGUGGGCCCACAAAUCAUAUCCUACUGAAUCACUCUGGUCUUUUCUGGGUCAUGCUCCUACUCCAGCCUUUGUGAUCUUGGCUAGAUUGUGAUUUUAUGUACUGUGCCUAUUCCACUUACCAUCUUACUGAAUGAGUUAUGGGCCUCAUCCCUAAACAGAUGUUCACUCUAGAUAGCAAAUAUCGAAGACAUGAAGUGGCUAGAAAGUUUAGAAUCAUGGUACUUUUGGUGACUUAACACAGUAGAGAGCCACCAGGAAACUAAAAUUCCAGUUUGAUUUUUGGCAUUUAACAGUGGGAAGUUGUCAUAGCUUCUUUAUCACUGUGUAGUUAACUGGAGCUAAAGCAGUCAGGGAUUGUGUAGUUCACUUGCUGUUUUCAAAGUUCUGAAGCUGUGAGGAUUCCCCAUGAUAUCACUGAGGUCUGCCCUAUGUACUGUCCUCCACGGGAGUGGGAAGUGAUGUGCCCUUUAGUCCUGCUGUUUAUGUACCAAACUUGGUGUACGUCUGUGGUGUGGAGGAUCACGCCUUCUACAUGCUAGGCAAGACUCUACCACUGAGCUACACCUCCCACAAGUGCUUCAAUUUUAAUUGAACGUAAUUCUGAUUAGAAACUAUGAGAUGUGUUUGUAUAAAAAGCCUCCGUUUAGAGAGAGCUUUAUUUGGAGAAAUUUAUAUGAUACAAAAUUGAACCUUCAAUUGUUAGCGCAUGCAGCAGUCACCACUGUAAUUCCAGAAUUUUCAUCAUUUCUAGAAACUCACACUCAUUAGCAGUCUGCCCUCAAUGGCAAAUAAUGUAUGUGUUUCUAUGGGACUGUCUAUUCCAUAUCUGUUAUAUAAGUAGAGUUACAGAGUAUGGUCUUUUCUAGCUUCUGUUACCAAGUUUAACAGGUUUAUUCAUGUAGCAUCAAUCUGUAAUUCAAUACUGCUAAAAUAGCAUUCCAUAGUAGACAUAGGCCAUAUUUCUAAUCUAUUCAUCAGCUAAUGAGCUCUGAGCUUUUUCUACUUGAGGGCUUUUGACUAAUGCUGUGAACAUCCGUGAAAAAGUUCAACAUGUUUGAUUUAAUGUUUGCCUUAGAGUGGAAUUACAGGGUUGUAUGACAGACUCAAUUUUAUCAUUUUCUACAGAGAUUUUACCACCACUUCAUACUCUCAAAGUAACUAGGUUCCAGUAUCCACACCAUCAACUGUUCACAUUGCUGACAGACAUUAUGUUUGGUAUGAAGAGGCUUCUAAUUAGGAUCUUGAUUUGCUUUUUUUUUUUUUUUUUUUUUU